AUUAACAGAAAAAGAAUUUUUGAAGGUCAGGGUCAAACGAACUGCCAAGCCAGGGCAGGCCGGGCCUGAGGUGGGUAUGAUAUUGAACCAUAAAAUCAAGAUCGGUCCCAGAGUUGGCAUUUCCAACUGAGUUUUAAUUGUUUAUAAAACAUUACUAUCGUCAAAAAAUGGCGUUGACGAUGAAGGAUACUUUCUAUAUAUCGCACGGAUCGCCGACGCUGUCGAUAGAUGAGUCGCUUCCCGCUAGGCAUUUCUUGCAGUCAUGGAAGGACAAAGUGUUUGGCCACACACCCAAAUCCAUCCUCGUAAUUUCUGGGCAUUGGGACACUUCUUUCCCUGCCGUUAAUAUUGUUCAACGCAAUGAUACCAUCUAUGACUUCUAUGGUUUCCCCGACCCAAUGUAUAAGCUUAAAUAUCCAGCGCCAGGCGCUCCGGAGUUGGCAUUAAGAGUGAAGGAAUUGCUUAUGGCAUCUGAUUUCAAGCGUGUUGAUGAAGAUAGAAAACGUGGACUCGACCAUGGUGCUUGGGUUCCACUGAUGCUCAUGUAUCCAGAGGCUGAUAUUCCAGUCUGCCAACUCUCUGUUCAGUCAAAAAGGGAUGGUAAUUACCAUUACAACUUGGGAAAGGCUUUGGCCCCCCUCAAGGAUGAAGGUGUUCUCAUCAUUGGUUCUGGAGCCACCACUCAUAACUUGAGGGCCCUUAGAAACUUGGGUGGUGGUGUUGUUCCAUGGGCUUCAGAGUUUGAUACUUGGCUUAAAGAUGCUCUCCUUCAAGGAAGAUAUGAAGAUGUGAAUCACUUUCAGGAGAAGGCACCAUAUGCAAAGAUGGCUCACCCUUGGCCAGACCACUUCUAUCCGUUGCACGUAGCCAUGGGUGCUGCAGGAGAAAAUGCAAAGGCCAAACUUAUCCAUCACAGCUGGGAUCUUGGUGCUCUUUCAUAUGCUUCCUACCAGUUUACAGCAGCGAGCUGAAAAUCCAUGGAAGAAUUGCCUUCCGUAUCACCUCUUUGUUCCAUCUUAUUUUAUCUCAAAUAAAUUAGAUACAAGGAGUAAUUUGUAUGUUAAUUAAUGUGCAGUAUGUAUAUCUACACUUCGACAACUUAACAAUUAUAUUAUAUAUAUGAGAUGUGAGAAGUUUGUUCCA